GAUGGACCAGGGAGUGCCCGGCGACAAGAAUUACAUCACUAAUGAAAUAGAAAAUACCACUUUACAACUUUGAUUUAGUAAUGUAUACUUGAAAAAAAAAGUUGCGAUUCACAUAGACCACUAGAUGGCCCCAGACAAUGUUUUUGAUUGAAUGGGCGUGGUUAUGCCAGAGCGCUCUGUAAAAACAGACAUAUUUGCAAUUCCUUACUGGAGGUCGGCUAUACUUUGAAGUUGCUAAGGUCUGCGACAUUGACGGAAGAAGCAAUUUAACCCUUUCGGACUAAAGAUACCCCCAAUCCUCAACCAAGAUGUUCUACACUUGUGGCCCCAAUGAAGCCAUGGUUGUGUCUGGCUUUGGUCGCUCUCCUCCUCUGAUGAUCGCUGGAGGUAGAGUGUUUGUCCUACCAUGCAUCCAGAAGAUCCAAAGGAUCACUCUGAACACCCUGACUCUGAAUGUGAAGAGUGAAAAGGUGUACACCCGUCAUGGAGUCCCCAUCUCUGUCACUGGCAUAGCCCAGGUGAAGAUCCAGGGUCAGAACAAGCAGAUGCUGGCCACUGCCUGUCAGAUGUUCAUGGGGAAGUCUGAACACGAGGUGUCCCAGAUCGCCUUGGAGACGCUGGAGGGUCACCAGAGGGCCAUCAUCGCCCACCUGUCUGUGGAGGAGAUCUACCAGGACCGCAAGAAGUUCUCUGAGCAGGUCUUCAAGGUGGCGUCGUCCGACCUGGUCAACAUGGGCAUCGGAGUGGUCAGCUACACGCUCAAGGAUGUUCACGAUGACCAGGGAUACCUGAUCUCCCUGGGCAAGGCCAGGACUGCGCAGGUACAGAAGGAUGCCAGGAUCGGAGAGGCCCAGUACAAAAGGGACGCAGUCAUCAGGGAGGCCCAUGCCAUGCAGGAGAAGGUGUCUGCCCAGUAUGUGAACGAGAUCCAGAUGGCCAAGGCCCAGAGAGACUUUGAGCUGAAGAAGGCCAUGUACGACUAUGAGGUCAACACCAAGAAGGCAGAGUCUGAGAUGGCUUAUCAGCUCCAGGUGGCCAAGACCAAGCAGCACAUCGAGGAGGAGACCAUGCAGGUGAAGGUGGUGGAGCGCAGCCAGCAGAUCCUGCUGCAGGAGCAGGAGAUCCUGAGGAAGGAGAUGGAGCUGGAGGCCCAGGUCAAGAAGCCUGCGGAGGCUGAGAAGUACCGCCUGGAGAGGCUGGCUGAGGCCUACAGGCUGCAGCUCAUCAUGGAGGCUGAGGCUGAAGCAGAGUCCAUCAGGAUGAAGGGCGAGGCCGAGGCGUUUGCUGUGGAGGCCAAGGGCCGGGCCGAGGCCGAGCAGAUGGCCAAGAAGGCGGAGGCCUUCAAGCAGUACAAGGAGGGUGCCAUGGUGGACCUGCUGCUGGAGAAGCUGCCAUUGAUGGCAGAGGAGAUUAGCAAGCCACUCUCCAUGGCCCAGAAGAUCACCAUGAUUUCCAGCGGCGAUUCCGAGGUGGGCGUGGCCAAACUGACUGGAGAGGUGCUGGACAUCAUGACCAGACUUCCUGCGGCCAUACAGAAACUGACUGGAGUCAACAUCUCGGUGAAUUGAGUGCAGAGAAAUACCUGGAAUGGAUAAUCUGGAGGUCUAUAUCGCUCCCCAGAACAUAUUACCACUAUAACUCCCAAGUCUAUGUUUGUUUGUUUGUCUGUAUCUCUUCUGUGCUCUGCGAUGACCUUCUACACUGGGGUGCUGAGCCUGUAUAUCUUCUGUGCUCUGCGAUGACCUUCUACACUGGGGUGCUGAGCCUGUAUCUCUUCUGUGCUCUGCGAUGACUUUCUACACUGGGGUGCUGAGCCUGAAUCUCUCUAGAACUCUGUAAUCUGAAACUGCCAUGAAAGCAAAAGUGUGUAAAAUGAGGUACAUUUCCAACGUCUCCUGAACGGGGGCAUGUUGUCACAUGUCCACACCUACAGGACCAGGGGUGGCUUGACUAAAGAAAGCCAUUCAAACUAGCGGGUAAGACUCUAGCCUACUAAUCUUUCGUACCCAGAUUUUAGUAUGUCGUUUUUAUGACAGACAUUUUUCAGCAGUUUUUUAAUCGAAAGACUGAGUGUUUCAACAAAGCUGUUACAGUUUUGACAUUUAGAUUUUCACAUGGAUACAGCUCAUGAAGUUGGAUUUCCAUCUCAGUACCUUUUGGUUGUUGAUUGGAGGCAGUAGAAAUGUGUUGGUUUAACGUACGGUGGUGACUACUAUGAUCUGACUGAAUAACUUUUUUUACUAUGACAAAAUGAAGACAUUUCCUUAUUUUAUAUCUCUUAAUUGGGCAUAUCGAAGUUCUUUUAACACGUAGCAGGAAUGUUAUCUUUGUUGUGUUAGCUUUGCUAAUCUUUGGGAAAACAACAUUUGUCGUCAGAACUAACCUUCUAACUUUCCCUUCGUUGGCGUUUCACGUGCACGUGAGACGUGCACAUGCUUUGCACGUCUUUACUGCAGUCCUGUACUGUGAGAAGAGAGUUUGGAGUUACGAGUUGAGUUUCUUAUCAAGUGAAAGAUGGUGAAGGAUGUGGCGAUGGUAACAUUCUGGGGGUUUUCCCGCUCAGAACUUUCUGUGUGGUUGUCCUCGACUGUGCAGUGUCAGGUAUGUAGGUCAGGUUUCCGGCUCAGAACUUUCUGUGUGGUUGUCCUCGACUGUGCAGUGUCAGGUAUGUAGGUCAGGUGGAUGUUUUACUUCUCACCAAAGUACAGUGAGCCCUGCUCUCAGGUGUCCUGCAACCCCGAUACAUAUUUGAAAUGUUCCAUGUUUAGUUUUUUUUCUUCCUGUGUGUAUAUCCAGUGGACAUGCGCACUAGGACUAGAUAUUGCUAUAUUGACAGGUUGGUUGCAUUUUGCCAGUUACUUUUUAUUAUUUGUUUGGGUUGGGGUAGGAUUAUAUCAACUUGCUGCUAUGGUCAGUUUGGUUUUAGUUCAUGUACAUCUCUUCAAGAAUCGACAUAACUACUCUUGGUUGUCUGUGCAUCAUGUUACUUCUAAGUGCCUGAACAUUUAAGGCUUCUGUUGCCCAACUGACAUCAGCCAAUCAGAAGUUAGAUGUGCUAAUAAUGGUGAUAAUAGAGCCUUAAGAAUUCUGACGUUUUUUCCCCUGUUUGUCUAGGCUACUGUCAGAUUAAGAUUGCCAUUCGUAUACCCUAUACAGUGGCCAAAACAAUGCUUGCCUAACAUUUAUGAGAAUGUACCAUAGUUAUAUACACACAUUAAACAAUCUCAGAAUUUUUGUAAUUGAA